GCCGAGCGGGGAGGAGGCUGCGGAACAGGCCGCCGCUGGUUGUCGCCUCGCAGUGCAGCAGCCGGGCGAGCCGAGCGCCGAGCUGGACAGGCUGCAGGAGCCCUUCGCCGCCGGCCCCCGCACCGCCAGAUUCCUUAGAAAGAGAGCUUGGACGGCAUGCAAAGUUGUGAAACAUCUUCAGACAGCACUGAUGAUCCUCUUAGUAGUGGUCUACGGAGAAAACGACAGCCUCGAAUAGUAGUUAUUGGUGCUGGCCUUGCGGGCCUGUCAGCUACAAAAUCUCUCCUGGAAAACGGUUUCACGGAUGUAACAAUCCUUGAGGCGUCUGACCGAAUUGGAGGCAGAGUGCAAAGCGUCAAACUUGAGAACGCCACUUUUGAACUGGGAGCUACGUGGAUCCAUGGUUCAAAUGGAAACCCAGUCUAUCAUCUAGCAGAAGACAAUGGCUUACUUGAAGAGACUACUGAUGGUGAGAGAAGCGUUGGCCGUAUCAGUCUUUACUCCAAGAAUGGGGUGGCUUAUCACCUUACCAACAAUGGGCAGAGGAUUCCGAAAGAUGUGGUUGAAGAAUUCAGUGAUUUAUACAACGAGGUCUAUAACCUGACUCAGGAGUUCUUUCAACGUGGUAAACCAGUCAAUGCUGAGAGCCAGAAUAGUGUGGGCGUCUUCACACGGGAUGUGGUGCGCAAACGCAUCAAAGCCGAUCCAGAUGACCCGGAGACCACCAGGAGGCUAAAACUAGCCAUGAUCCAGCAAUAUCUUAAGGUCGAGAGCUGUGAGAGCAGCUCCCAUAGCAUGGACGAGGUCUCGCUCAGUGAAUUCGGGGAAUGGACUGAAAUCCCUGGGGCCCAUCAUGUCAUUCCUUGUGGCUUUAUCAAGAUUGUGGAGAUCCUGGCCCAUUCCAUUCCAGAGUCAGUCAUCCAACUCCGCAAGCCAGUCAAGUGCAUCCACUGGAACCAAUCGGUCAGCAAGGAGAUUGAGCGUGUGGCGGACCACAACAGCGACAGCCCUGAGGAGGACCAGGGCUACCAUGUCUUAGUGGAGUGUGAGGACUGCGAGUUCAUCCUUGCCGACCACGUCAUCGUGACCGUAUCGCUGGGGGUCCUGAAGAAGUACCAUGAGAGCCUGUUCCACCCUGGCCUGCCUGAGGAGAAGGUGAUGGCCAUUCAGAAACUGGGCAUUAGCACCACCGACAAAAUCUUCCUGGAGUUUGAAGAGCCCUUCUGGAGUCCUGAAUGCAACAGCAUCCAGUUCGUCUGGGAGGAUGAGGCGGAGAGUGAGAGUUUGACUUACCCUGAGGAGUUGUGGUACAAGAAGAUCUGCAGCUUUGAUGUCCUCUACCCACCAGAGCGGUAUGGCUAUGUGCUGAGUGGCUGGAUCUGCGGGGAGGAGGCUUUGAUCAUGGAGAAGUAUGACGAUGAAACUGUGGCAGAAACGUGCACUGAGAUGCUGCGUAAAUUUACAGGGAAUCCAAACAUUCCGAAACCUCGCCGCAUCCUGCGGUCCUCAUGGGGCAGCAAUCCCAACUUCCGAGGAUCCUAUUCUUACACCCAGGUUGGGUCUAGCGGGGCUGACGUGGAGAAACUUGCUAAGCCACUGCCUUAUACGGAAAGCUCCAAGACGGUUCCUAUGCAGGUGAUGUUUUCGGGGGAGGCCACUCAUAGGAAGUAUUAUUCCACUACCCAUGGUGCUUUGCUUUCUGGCCAGAGAGAGGCUGCUCACCUCAUUGAAAUGUACCAAGACCUCUUACAAUGCAGGAACUGAAAGGCUUAAUGUUUGAGAAGAACCACUAACUCGUGAUACCUUUUACAGUUGUGUGUAGGUUUUUUUAAAUUAAUAGUAGAACAAUUUUUAUCUUUUUAUAUAAAAAAGCCCUAACUGUUUAAAAACAUAGUCACCUGUAGCUUAUUUCCUUUAUUGUAUUGUUAACAGAGGAGGGUGCUCUUUCUGUAUGGUAAACUUUGUGUGCGUGUGUGUGUGUGUGUGUGUCAUUUUAAUUGCACUUUCAGUGCCUCUUCAAUUUUUUUUUCCGUAUUGUAAGUGCCUUCUCUUCUAAAAUAAAUGUUGUAAUAAAA